AUGUCGUUUAUGGGCACGGGCUCCUUCGGGAGCUACGACCACACAGCCCAGACCGGCGGCGUGCCUCUCGGCCGCCGCCGUACACAGGACGACGAGGCCAAUGUCGGAACGGAGCCUGUUGUGCCUGGCGCGACCGGCAUCGACGACGCCGGCACGCAAUCCACAUCCGUGACCGAGACCGGCGAUGUGGGCUUUGCCGCCGACAAAGACACCGGCCAGGAGACAUCCCCGCCGGUGGCCGCUGGUGGACGCGCCAAUGGGGACGAAGACGACGAGGAGUCCGAGGACCACGAGGCCAACGCCGAGAUGGAGCGCCGCAACAGCGCUGUCCAGUCGCUUGCCCGCCAGUACACGCGCCAGUCCCAAGCCUCGGCUGCUGUCGCGGGCGGCCACAACGUCUUUUUGGAGUCGUCGGACCCCAACUCGCCGCUCAACCCGGCCAGCGACAACUUCAACGGCCGCACCUGGGCCAAGGCCGUCGUCGACAUGGUCUCCCGGGACGGCCACCAGUUCCGCACCUCGGGUGUCUGUUUCCAGAACAUGAACGUCUACGGCUACGGCAAGCCCACGGACUACCAAAAGGAUGUUUUCAACGUCUGGCUGGAGCUGGCUGGCCUGGCGCGCCGUCUCGUCGGUGGCGGCCAGCGCCGCAUCGACAUUCUGCGCAACUUCGACGGCGUGGUCCGCAAGGGCGAGAUGCUUGUCGUGCUCGGCCCUCCCGGUGCCGGCUGCACGACCACGCUCAAGUCCAUUGCCGGCGAGAUGAACGGCAUUUUUGUCGACGACAAGUCGUACUUCAACUACCAGGGCAUGUCCGCCAAGGAGAUGCACACCCGCCACCGCGGCGAGGCCAUCUACACGGCCGAGGUCGACGUGCACUUUCCCCAGCUGUCUGUUGGCGACACGCUGACGUUUGCUGCGCGCGCCCGCGCCCCGCGCACCAUGCCCGAGGGCAUCCACAAGAACAUGUUCGCCGAGCACCUGCGCGACGUCGUCAUGGCCAUGUUCGGCAUCUCCCACACCAUCAAUACUCGCGUCGGCAACGAGUACGUCCGUGGUGUCUCGGGCGGCGAGCGCAAGCGUGUCACGAUUGCCGAAGCGGCUCUGUCCGGCGCGCCUCUGCAGUGCUGGGACAACAGCACCCGCGGCCUGGACUCGGCCAACGCCAUCGAGUUCUGCCGCACCCUGCGCACCCAGACGGAGCUGUUUGGCAGCACCGCCAUUGUCUCCAUCUACCAGUCGCCGCAGAGCGCCUACGACCUCUUCGACAAGGCUACCGUUCUGUACGAGGGUCGCCAGAUCUACUUCGGCCCCACCGGCGCCGCUCGCCAGUACUUUGUCAACUUGGGCUUCGAGUGCCCGGCUCGUGCCACGACGCCCGACUUCCUCACCUCCAUGACCUCGCCCCAGGAGCGCAUUGUGCGUCCUGGUUUCGAGGGCCGCGCCCCGCGCACACCGGACGAGUUUGCCGCGUGCUGGCGCAACAGCGCCGAGUACCGCGCCCUCCAGGCCGACAUUGAGGACUACAAGACGUCGCACCCCAUCGACGGCCCCGACGCGGCGGCCUUCCGCGCCUCCAGGCGCGCCCAGCAGGCCAAGCUGCAGCGCGCCGGCAGCCCCUUCACGCUGUCCUACACCCAGCAGGUCCGCCUGUGCCUGUGGCGCGGCUUCAAGCGCCUCGUCGGUGACCCCAGUCUGACCAUUGGUGCUCUGGUGGGCAACUUUGCCAUGUCCCUGAUCAUCGCGUCCGUCUUCUUCAACCUGCAGCCGGUCACCAGCAGCUUCUACCAGCGCGGUGCCCUGCUCUUCUUUGCCUGUCUCAUGAAUGCCUUCUCGUCUGCCCUCGAAAUUCUCACCCUGUACGCCCAGCGCCCGAUUGUCGAAAAGCACGCCCGCUACGCCCUGUACCACCCGUCUGCCGAAGCUGUCGCCUCCAUGUUGUGCGACAUGCCGUACAAGAUUGCGAAUUGCCUCACGUUCAACCUCGGCCUUUAUUUCAUGACGCAUCUGCGACGAGAACCAGGACCGUUCUUUUUCUACCUGCUGAUCAGUUUCGUCACCGUCCUAGCCAUGUCCAUGAUUUUCCGCACCAUCGCCUCCGCCUCGCGCACCCUGUCGCAGGCCAUGGUGCCCGCGGCGGUCAUUAUUCUUGGCCUCAUCGUCUUCACUGGUUUCGUCAUCCCCAUCGACUACAUGCUGGGUUGGUGUCGCUGGAUGAACUACAUUGACCCGCUGGCCUACGCGUUCGAGUCCCUCAUGGUCAACGAGUUCAGCAACCGCCAGUUCACCUGCGAUACGUACGUGCCCAGCCCGGCGAUUGCCGGCUAUGGAAACGUCUCUGGCAACAACCACGUCUGCGCCACUGUCGGCUCCGUCACUGGCCAGCCCUUCGUCGACGGCGACGCCUACCUCAACCAGUCCUUCCACUACUUCGCCUCGCACCGCUGGCGGAACUUUGGCAUCAUCAUCGUGUUCAUCAUCUUCUUCUUUGCCACCUAUAUGAUUGCUGCCGAGCUUGUCUCGGAGAAGAAGUCCAGGGGCGAGGUCCUCGUCUUCCGCCGCGGCCACAAGCCUGCCAGCUUCACCGAGAGCCACAAGGCCGACGCCGAGUCCGGUACCCGCGUUUCGGGCCCUGCCGUGGCCGCCGCCCACAAGAACCUCGACGAGAAGAGCGGCAGUGACAAAGAGGGCGCCGGUUCCGGUGCCGGCUUCCUCCAGCGCCAGACCUCUGUGUUCCACUGGCAGGAUGUCUGCUACAAUGUCAAGAUCAAGAAAGAAGACCGCCGCAUUCUGGACCACGUCGACGGUUGGGUGAAGCCCGGCACCCUCACCGCCCUCAUGGGCGUGUCCGGUGCCGGCAAGACCACGCUUCUGGACUGUCUCGCUGACCGUACGUCAAUGGGUGUGAUUACGGGUGACAUGUUUGUGGACGGCCACGAGCGCGACACGUCCUUCCAGCGCAAGACCGGCUACGUGCAGCAGCAGGACCUGCAUCUGCAGACCACCACGGUUCGCGAGGCCCUCAACUUCUCUGCCCUGCUCCGCCAGCCUGCCCACAUUCCCCGCGCCGAGAAGAUUGCCUACGUGGACGAGGUCAUCAAGCUGCUCGACAUGCAGGAGUACGCCGACGCAGUUGUCGGUGUCCCCGGCGAAGGCCUCAACGUGGAGCAGCGCAAGCGCCUGACCAUUGGCGUGGAGCUGGCGGCGAAGCCGCCUCUGCUGCUGUUCGUCGACGAGCCCACCUCCGGUCUCGACUCGCAGACGUCGUGGGCCAUUCUCGACCUGCUGGAGAAGCUCACCAAGAGCGGCCAGGCCAUUCUGUGCACCAUCCACCAGCCGUCCGCCAUGCUCUUCCAGCGCUUCGACCGCCUGCUCUUCCUCGCCAAGGGCGGCAAGACGGUGUACUUUGGCGACAUUGGCGAGAACUCCAAGACCAUGAUCAGCUACUUUGAGCGCCAGGCCGGCCAGCGCUGCCCGCCCGAUGCCAACCCGGCCGAGUGGAUGCUCGAGGUCAUUGGUGCCGCCCCCGGUACCCACACCGACAUCGACUGGUUCCAGGCCUGGCGCACGUCCCCCGAGUACACCGCCGUCCGUGCCGAGCUCCAGACCCUGCACGACAACCCGGCGCCGCAGGCCGAGCGCAGCAAGGCGGACUACCGCGAGUUUGCCGCCAGCUUCCCGGCCCAGUGCCGCGAGGUCAUUGAGCGCGUCUUCCAGCAGUACUGGCGCACGCCGUCCUACAUCUACUCCAAGCUGGCUCUGUGUGUGCUGGUCGCCAUUUACAUUGGCUUCGUCUUCUUCAAGGCGCCGCUCACGAUCCAAGGCUUCCAGAACCAGAUGUUCUCCGUCUUCAACUUGCUCACCGUCUUUGGCCAGCUCGUCCAGCAGACCAUGCCGCAUUUCGUCAUCCAGCGCUCGCUCUACGAAGUGCGCGAGCGCCCCUCCAAGGUCUACAGCUGGCGCGUCUUCAUGGUCUCGCAGAUCAUUGUCGAGCUGCCGUGGAACACGCUGAUGGCCGUCCUGAUGUUUGUCUGCUGGUACUACCCGAUCGGCCUCAACGCCAACGCGGCGGCGGCCGGCCAGACCGCCGAGCGUGGCGCGCUCAUGUUCUUGCUGCUGUGGCUGUUUUUGCUCUUCACGUCGACGUUCACGGACAUGAUCAUUGCUGGCUUCGAAACGGCCGAGGCCGGCGGUAACAUUGCCAACCUGCUGUUCAGCCUGUGCCUGAUUUUCUGUGGUGUCCUGUCGACCCCCGACACCAUGCCUCGCUUCUGGAUCUUCAUGUACCGCCUGUCGCCGUUUACGUACCUGGUCUCCGCCAUGCUGGCGGUCGGUGUCGCCAACACCGAGGUCCACUGCGCCGCCAACGAGUUCUUGACGUUCGACCCGCCGUCGGGCCAGACCUGCUUCGAGUACAUGGAGGCCUACAUGGCCACCGCCGGCGGCUACCUGACCAACGAGUCCGCGACGUCCGGCUGCAACUUCUGCUCCAUCAAGUUCACCAACCAGGCGCUGGCCGGCGUGCAGUCGUUCUACUCGGACCGCUGGCGCAACUUUGGCAUCCUCUGGGCCUACAUCGCCUUCAACAUCUGUGGCGCGCUGUUCAUCUACUGGCUGACGCGUGUGCCGAAGAAGCCCAAGACCACCAAGGUCAAGAAGGAGUAA